AUGAGUAGCAAUGAACCAGGACCAGAAAUAUAAAAAAUAUUGAAGGUGGUAGAAAGUUAAGCAGGUUAGGUACCUCAAAAUGAAGUUUUGUAAUAACCUAAGUCUCAGCAAGCUAAAAAUUUAUUGGAGUAAUUAGAAUAUUUCAAAUUUCAAUUUACUCUUAAGUUUAGGCAUAUUGCAUGGAUGGGUUUAGCAACUUACUUAUGUUAUGAUAGAUAUAGAGCAUAUUAAUAAUAUAGAGAAGAAAAGUAAUAAAUCUUUGGAUAGAAUAGGAAAUUAUUGCAAGAAAAAUAUGGUAAAAUCAAUCAAAAGUAUACUCAAUCAACAAUACAUCCAAGAGGAGACCCUGAUUAAGGAGAUUGGGUUUACUUUGAAGAAUUACCUGAUGAAGAUUAAAAACUCUUUUUAUAGAGAAAACUAUCAUAUUAAAAUAAGGCUGCUCAUUUCAAUUCAUUCAUGCCCCUUUACAUAACAUCUGGCCUUUGUUUUCCUAUUAGCGCUUUUUUUUUAGGAGCUGUAUUUAAAAAGAAAAUAUUUGAUGAUUAAUUUUCUAUCAAUUCAAGAAAUAAAAAUCAAUUAUAAGCAAAUUAACAAGACAAAGUAACUCAAUAAAAUAAUAACCAGCCACCAGAAUAAAAUAAUAUUUCAAAUAUUCCAAAAUUACAGGAAAAAAAAUAAAAUUUUUUAGAUGUAUUCAUAUAAACUAAGUUGCCAAAUAAUGUCAUUUAUGGUUUGGUAGGUGGCUUUUCAUUAGCAUCUUCAAUCAAAAUUUUGUAAUUUUUCAUGUGA